AGCACCGUAACCGUCAGUACGAGCCAAGUUGUGAAAUCGUUCGGAUCGCUUCGGGAAGUGAGAGCUCGUUUUGCUCGCCGUUCUGCUGUCUCCGUUGCGUUGGUCGCAGUUUUUUUUGCCUGGAUUUGUUAUUCCACUGUACCGUGUGUGUGUGCGCGCGUAGUGUGUGUAGUGUUGUGCCCUGUUCAACCUUGGAUGCACUGCGGAUAGGUGUGUGUUGCUAUUAAAGCCGUUGCCCCGUCGUGCCCGAGCUUGCCGCAGAACACCAGUUUUCUUGCGUGGUGCCGUCACGUAAAUUGAUGAUCCAUAAACAACCAAUUCAACGUGACACGACCAAACUCGAGACCUAACACUUUCGUCAAUAUCCCCUGGAUACUGUGCGGCAUAAAAAAACCUUCGGUAGAAAGAAGGCGCAACAGCCUACCUACUAAAGAUUGCAAAAGAAAAAAAAAGGUUGCCAACCAACGGCCAAACACAAGAGAGAAAAAAAAACAAAAGAAGAGGUGCGCAAAAGAAAUCACACACGUGUUCUAUAGCGAGUGAUCAAGGGAGCCACCGUCGCAUACAACUCUGUAGUAGCUACGACAGGAAAAAGUAAUCUAUUUCGUCGACUGGACACACAAACAACGUGCGAUCUUUAUUUUAAGUGCGUAUUGCUUUCGGCCUGUUUUAACUGUCGACCGUUAACAACGCCAAAAACUCGGUUCGGUGCGGCGGCGUAAUAUCGAUUGAUUCGAAAUUCAUCAGUAGCAAUAACGAAGUGUGUAUUGGACUGGAGAAGCAUACUACUAGCGGGCACCUAACCUCUAGCCAACAGCACGAAGAAAAAAAAACAUUCUCAAAUUGAACACAAAUUCGGUCAGGAGAAGUCAAAUGCAUGUUACAUCCAAGUAACCGUAUUUCACAUAGCGAGUGAAAGGAAAUUUUCAGUGUAGGAAAAAUCUUGAUUGAAGCUUGUGUGUUUCCCUCGGUGUGUCGGCGUUUGUUGUGCGUACGUGUACGUUGUAUCAUUAUCCCAAGAGCCGUUUCAACGGUGUUGAGGUCAAAAUUGCGCUUUUAAUCGUUAGCGGUCGACGGAGGAGUAGCUGCUAGCGGCGAGAAAGCACGAAACACAAACACACAGAGGAACCACUUUCCACAGAUACGCAAAGAAAGUGCACGUGGAGUAGGCAGCCACGAUACAGAACAGUUGGUGCGGAUAGGGGAGGAUGGAGCGCGAAUCAAAUGCAAUGCAGCCGAUGUGUAGAUCUGGAUGUGGGUUCUACGGUAAUCCGGCACAGGAUGGAUUAUGUUCAGUUUGCUACAAAGAUUUGCUCAGAAAGAAGCAGCAACCACCGGUUAGCAGUACGCCUUCCAGCAACAAUGCACCUCAACAACCUGCAUCUGGCCAGUCGGUAACAGCGUCCUCAAUUAGUAUCCGUCCCGUCGUGACGCCGCAAAGCUUUGCCAGCAGCAUUGGUAGUAGCAGCAGCACAACAACCACAUCAGCCUCUGCAUCCGCAUCGGUCGCGUCUCCAUCGGCGUCGUCCUGUGCCGCUUCCGCCAACAAUCCGGUAGUCUCCGCUACCUAUACAGCACAACCGACCGUGCACAGUGCCCUAUUCUGCUCGGACAAGGAUAAAAUUAACACUGAGGACAGUGGUAGCCUUGGCGGACAUAGUAAUAACAGUUCCAUAGCUGAUAACGAAGACAAAGAUGGUGAUAAGGAUGAUGCAAAGAAGAAGAAAAACCGUUGUGCAACUUGCCGUAAGAAAGUAGGACUAACCGGAUUCGAGUGCCGGUGUGGUGGACUGUUCUGCGCGAUACAUCGAUACAGCGACAAGCAUGAAUGUUCGUUCGAUUACCGGGAACUCGGUGCAGCAGAAAUUAGGCGUAAUAAUCCCGUCGUGGUUGGCGAAAAGAUUCAGAAAAUUUGAACACCCUUCGUGCCAUCGUAUCGUAAUAGUUCGUCACAAACAGUGCAGCGCAGCAUCCAGUGUGCGGCAGCGGGCACCGGUCACCAACAUCGUUACAGUCACACCACCACCACUAUAAGCAUAUGCAGUCAUAUGUCUCGUUAAAUUCGUAGCAUUUUUCUUCUCGAUUCGUCGUUUCCCCACAUGUGUAGUAUUUGUGAGAGGAGGGGAGAGCAUCCGAGGGGUAGCAAAAAGAGCGGAAAUUCUUUCAUAAAAGAAACUUCCGGGCAACAUGGUUAUGCAGGCACACACGCCUCCUUUACUCUUUCUCUCUCGCUCUUACACAUCAUUGCGAAAUUUGCAUGCUCGAUAGCCGGCAACUUCCUUUACUCCCGUUGCUUCUGCUUUGCUGUGCAGCGCCUAACCCCGUGUGCAUAUUUCAUACUUUGAAUCACUGACGAGCGUAACUGGAGAUCAAACCACCAGCGCAAAGGAAUAAGAAAGCCCAGCAACAGAGGGAGCGAGCAACUGCAGGCAAACGGAUAACAUGUGUGGGCGAAGGACGCUAUCGCAAUCGCGGUUCCCCGUGUGUGCAUAGUAAACAUGGCCAAGGGGAUGGGGAAGAAGGCUAAAGGCAUCAAAGGCGCCAAAUUUUAGUUACUAGAAAAAGGCGAAACACAAUUGCUGGCAAACAAAAAAAGGAAACCAUCCCACAAACACAAAAUGGCAAAAACAUGGAUUCAGCUAAUACAACUCAUCUAAGCACGCGGGUGUGUAUUUUCGUUAAGAAAAAUAAUUAUGAGAGUAGAAUUAUUUUACAAGAUUACACACAAAACAUAUACGGAUACACAGCACAACACGCCACACUUUACAAUCUAAAGAGUAAUGAAAUAUGAGACACAAUAAAAGAAAGCAGCGAGAACACAUUGUGAAAGCUAUAACGCGCACACACCCAUACUAGCACGUACAAUGCUAUACGCGUGAGGCACAGCAAAACAUGCACAGCACAUACGCGCGCGUGCGAAAGGCGAAACGCUCAACUAGGAUCACUUGCGCUGGCCCUAGUGUGCGUUGCUCCUACUAGUAGGAUAAUCGACUGGGCUUUAUUUUUAUGGAGCAAAACAAAAACCAACAAGGAUAAUGAAUAAGUGCUUGCGCAGAUGUUUGCCAUUUGCCGGUGUACUUAGUCGCUCGCCUUCAGCACCCUGUGCGCGCGUGUGUGUGUAUGUGCGUGUGUGAGUUGAUAAUAGAACUCCUAAACAAUCAAAUCCUAAAGAUUUUAUUUCUAUAACGAAUGCAAAUCAAAUCAUAGAAACGCGUGUAGACGGCGGCGCAAACUCACCCUGUAUAUGAAGCUGAAUAUAGAUUGGCGAAGGAGAAGGAAUUGCUGUGGAUGAUGGAGAUUUUGACAUUCAUACACGUAUUUUGUUCGUUUUCGUUGAUCCAACUUGGUCCCUGGUAGAAACAUUAUCACGCUUAUUAUAUUUUUUUUUACACAAAUGUAUGAUAGCUGUAGUAAAAUAAGUCAGUAAUAGACAUGAUGAUAUGAUUGGUUUGAUGAGAAACUCGUUCGAUUGGGUUUGAACUAUUUUUCUUCGCUUUUACUGUGUGUGUGCAAAGGAAUUAAAAAUCUAUUAGCUUUUUUUUUAUUAGCAGCUAGCUUGUUUUCUGUUAUUGUCGGGAAAGUCUCUUUCAGCUGGUUGCGAACAAUACCACCAUCAACCGGUUUGCGUAUUGAGAGUAUUAAGUGGUUUUCUUCGUGCAAGUGUAUUUUGGGCACAUUGGGCUGAUCAUUAGCUCAGCACACCGAACUCAUUUGCACUAAAUCAUUAAAUUCUAGUUUUAUCGAUGUACAUAGGAAUAUAAAUAUACCGCUUUAGUUUCCCAGAUCCGAUCCUGUGUGAACUGAUUCGAAUUAGUUGUUUUAAAAUUGGUUUCUUUCUUCAUUUUUUUUUUGUCUUUUAAUCGCGCUACCCCUAGCGCUUUGUUUUGUCUUUUCCCUUUUCACUAGUUGUGCUGGGUUCGAGUUUCUUUUUAUUGUCUGUUUCUUGUUCUAUAAUUGACGCUUUGUCUGUUUCAUCCGUUGUUGUCUUGUUAGUCUAAUCUUUUAGUUUUCUUCGAUCGUUUUAAAGUUUACUGCUCCAACGAGUGGGUCAACCAUCUUUACAUAAUAGCUCAAUUCCUUAUUGUUACUUUUAGCAUUGCGCAAAUGGAAUUUCUUUCGUGCAAUGGUUUAUCAAAAAUGUAAGCUUUCGUUCUUUCGAUUGGAGCUAGAACUAUGAAACGAAAUGCAAAAAUGCUGUUUUUUUCUCUUUUGCUCUUUGCACCAUCGAAGACCAUGUAAAAAUGCAAUAAUCUGCAAUGAAACAUAAUUAAUUUUAAUGCAUCCUUUUGCAACACACUCUCGGGCGGGAAAUAAACUGGUUCUCCAAGCAACGCAGAAUUAUAUGUAUGAUUAGUCUAAUCGAAGCAUAUGCAAACAACAAGUUAAAACUAUUUUUAAAACGAUGCUGUCCACGAGAAUGGCGUUUCUGUGUAAUCAAUAUCUAGCGGAAAGUGUAGCAAAGAUAAUCGCGUUAGGUAUCCGAUAAAGACACACAUACACAACACUCACAACCAACCAGCCAGCCCAGCCAACUGAUAAAAGCGAUCACAUCUUCCAACAGAAAAGUAUGAAUAAAAAGUGUAACAUUUAAAUGCAAUUCUUCUUGUGUGCGAUUGAGCGUGUACGUGUUACGUGUGCGUGAAGUGUGCGUGUUGUGUAUUUGUUUAUGUUUUUUUUUCUUUGGUUCAGCUUGAACUUAGUUGUAGGGGGCGUGCGGUGGAUUGCGGAAACACGAAUUAGAUAAUGGAACCGAUGAAACAAUGGGAUGAAUAUGAAUGGAUAAGCAAAAGAAAUCUAAUUCGUAUAUAAAUAUACAUAUACAUAUAAAAAAUAUAAAAAAAUACUAUACAUA